GACGGGAGAUCAUAUCCUCUCACGGCCAUCGGCGACAUGAACAGCGCGGUAGAUUUUAGCGAAGAUGCGCCAGAUAUUUUUGGAUAUGAAACUCGCACUAUAGCCGCCGUGAACUUCAAAGACGGCAAAGUUGCGCGAUGGGUGGACUACUGGGAUGGGCGACAUGACGGGCUUAUUGCAUUGAAAAGCCCUUGUGACAAGUUCCCUAAGACAUUUGGGGAAUUCAACAUAACGACACCGAAUCCUGUGAUACAUAAUAUUACUUCCCAGCUUAACGACGCCCUUUCGACUGGCAACAGCAUUGCCGCCGCGUCGUUAUUUUCAUUCGAUGCUAUCUUUGAAGAUCGCAUCACGCUGACUGGAAUAGAAGGUCAGAACAUCAUACAACAAUACUUUUUUCGAGCACUGACCAGUGCACCUUACGGUAACGGUACUAAUACCGUUCGACACGUUGUAGGCUCCUCGAGGGGUGGUACUUACGAGUGGAUGGGCUCCCCUACGGCGCCUACUCGGAACGGCAUAUCGGGAUUCCAGCUAGACUCUAAUGGCAGCACUACAAUAUUCUCUACUGUGUGGGGUUCCUCGUAG